UCCCCCCAUCUCCAUCCAUUAUUUCCCCUCUUGGAUCCCCUCUCCCUCUCAUCAUUCCCCCGGUCCUCCGGCACCGGCAGCCCCAGCCUCCCGCCGAUGCCAUUGGACACGUAGGGCGCAAUGGGCUGCGUGGCGUCGAAGAAUGUCGCCCUCGUGACGCCGGUCAUCGACUCGGCCGGCGUGUCGGAGAAUCUAGAAGCGGCGUCGUCGUCGCUGUUCAACCGCCCGAAGCUCGGGAGCUACGACUUUGGGGACCGCAGCGAGUCCGGGGAGUCGGGGAAGAUCAGCAGCACCAACACUUCGACGAGCUUUCGGCUGGGGAAUCUGCAUCGCUACAUCGAGGGAGAGCAGGUCGCUGCCGGCUGGCCCGCCUGGCUCACCGCUGUUGCUGGAGAAGCCAUUCAGGGAUGGGUGCCGCUUAAAGCCGAGUCCUUUGAGAAAAUGGACAAGAUUGGACAAGGUACCUACAGCAGGGUGUUCAAAGCACGCGAACUCGAGACAGGAAAAAUUGUUGCAUUGAAGAAGGUCCAGUUUGACGUUUACGAGCCUGAGAGUGUUAGGUUCAUGGCACGGGAGAUACAGAUCCUCCGCAGGCUCAACCAUCCCAAUGUUGUCAAAUUGGAGGGACUGAUCACUUCUCGACUGUCUUCUAGUAUAUAUCUUGUCUUCGACUAUAUGGAGCAUGAUCUUGCUGGGUUGUUGUCUUCUCCUGACAUCAAGUUCAGUGAACCACAGAUCAAGUGCUAUAUGCGACAAUUACUAUCUGGACUUGAACAUUGCCAUUCACAUGGCAUCAUGCAUCGUGACAUCAAGUGUGCGAACCUCCUGAUUAAUAAUGAUGGCAUCCUGAAAAUUGCCGACUUUGGUCUCGCAAACUUCUUCAGUUCCGGGCAAAAACAACCACUAACUAGCCGCGUUGUGACGCUAUGGUAUCGCCCGCCUGAACUUCUUCUGGGUUCAACAGACUAUGAAGCAUCUGUGGAUCUGUGGAGCGUUGGUUGUGUGUUUGCAGAAGUGUUUCUUGGGAAGCCAAUCUUCCAAGGAAGAACUGAGGUUGAACAAAUACAUAAGAUAUUUAAGCUAUGUGGUUCUCCACCAGAUGAAUUUUGGAAAAUGUCCAAGUUGCCCCAUGCAACGGUUUUUAAACCGCAUCAACCUUAUGGGAGUUGCCUCCGAGAGAGACUUAAAUGUUUACCAGAAAAUGUCUCUAGCUUAUUAGAAAUUUUCCUCUCUGUUGAACCAUAUAAGCGUGGCACAGCCUCAACUGCUCUUGCAUCUGAGUAUUUCAAGUCAAAACCAUAUGCAUGUGAUCCGUCGAGCUUGCCAAAAUACCCACCUAACAAGGAGAUUGAUGCAAAAGCCCGUGAGGACUUACGCAGGAGAAGGAUCCAUUGUAGGCCACGUGGUACAGAAGCCACAAGAAAACCUUUAGGAACAUAUAGAACUUCACAAGAAUCAAAUGGGCUAAGCAAAGAAGCAUCUCUCCAAAAGGACUCAUGGAAAACAACUGGAGGCAGUAUUGGUGGCACAAAGAGAGAUCCAAGAGAGAAUGGUGACACCAGACUGCUAAUAGAUCUGCAAGCAAUACCAGAAAUCAAUCCCCCAGACAAGGGUCACCAUGUAAAGCAGACCUGUCAGAAAGACGUUCUUCCCUCAGGUCCCUUGCAGGUGUCUGCCUCUAGUGGCUUUGCAUGGGCAAAGAAACCAAAAGAAAACCGUUCAUAUAUCAAAUCUCAUUCCAGAUCCAGCUCAAGAAACCACAUAUCUUGUGCACUAGAUCAUUUGAAUAUCUCACAUGUAAAAGAUCCUUCCAACCUGAAGGGACAAGCCGACAGAUAUGCUGGACAUGCAUCACGUUCCAAGUGUAACAGCUGCAAGCCAUAUGAGAUUGCAAAGGAUGAAGUGCUCACACAACGGUCAGAACCAGAAAUUUCAGAGCGAUACAAGAUGGCAAAUCAUGUGAUUAUGAACCAAUGGUCCGAUCCACGAAAACUGGACUUACUUGAUUCCUUUGAUUCCUACCAUUCUCGGGAUUUGUCAGAUGCACAUUACAAGAGAGAUACAAAAUCAACUAAGUGCAGCAUCUUGGAUUUCGAGGAUCAAGGACAAAGAGUUAAGUCAUGUGGGCCUCUACUGUCUCAGCCAUGUAAGAUUGAUGAACUUCUAGAGAAGCAUGGAAGGCACAUCCGCUAAGCUGCUCACAGAUAAUGGUUCCAGAAAGGAACAAAGCAAGGGCAUUGAAAUUUAUGGACAUGUUACUCUCUACUAAUCGAUAUAGGUGUCUGUUGCCGCCGGGAAGAGCAUUCUGGAUGUAUCAGUGUCCUCAGAAAUCUGAGAAGUGUACACUGAGCUACUCCAAGAACAAAUACCACAAUGGCGAUCUACCAGUUAAAGGGUGAAGAUGAUUUGAAAUGUCAUACAUGAAUCUUUUCUGUUGCAAAUCAAGUCUAAAAGUGAAAUUAUUUGAUUAAUCAUAAGUGAAUUCAGGGAUCAAUUCCAAGUCAUCAGUUGGUACUUUCAAUGCUCUUGGCGCUAUUGAUGUGCAAUAAGUCAGUUGCAAACAUUAUCUUUUAAUUCACAGCUAUUUGAGAACUCAGAGAAUGAACUUUUAACGGCU